CUGUAAGCCUACGCAAUAUGUAUUCAUGCGCGUCGGUAAUCUGUCAUAGACAGUUUUUAUAAACAUUAAAAUGUUAAAUAUCUAAUUAAUUAAGUCAUAUGACUUAAACUUUUAUUAUUCAGAUGAAUUGGUUGUUAACACGCGUGUAUUGAUAUAUGUUGUGUAAAUAUGCGGUCUAAAGUUACAGAAUUAGCCUUUGUGAUAUGUAACUUGUAUGGUGUUGUGUUAUGUGAUUUUCCGUUCAGGAAUAUAUCUCUGCCAUGGGAUAAACGUGUCGAUGAUCUUGUCAGUCGCCUGACUCUACCUGAUGUCAUGUUUCAAAUGGCUAAAGGAGGCACUUCCACUCAUGGGGGACCUGCACCGGCAAUUCCACGUUUAGGGAUCGGACCCUUCGCCUGGAACACAGAAUGUUUACGCGGAGACUCGGAUGCUGGGAUAGCAACCGGUUUCCCACAAGCAAUAGGUCUUGCAGCCGCGUUUAACCCACAGCUUAUAUUUGAUGUAGCCGAAGCCACUGGUGUUGAAGUAAGAGCAAAACAUAACGAUUUUGUGAAGAAGAAACAAUAUGGUGACCACAAGGGAUUAGCUUGUUUUAGUCCUGUGCUUAACAUCAUGAGACAUCCACUAUGGGGUCGAAAUCAGGAAACAUACGGGGAGGACCCAUAUCUAAGCGGUGUGUAUGCGAAAUAUUUCGUGAAAGGGUUACAGGGCAACCACAUACGCUAUGUAAGAGCCAGUGCUGGAUGCAAGCAUUUCAAUGUACAUGGAGGACCGGAAAAUAUACCAGUCUCUAGAUUCUCAUUUGAUGCCAAGGUUAGCGAACGAGACUGGCAUCUUACAUUUUUACCAGCGUUCAGACAAUGUGUUGCUGCAGGGACCUACAGUCUAAUGUGUAGUUUUAAUAAGAUAAAUGGUAUACCUGCUUGUGCAAAUACAGAACUUCUCACAAACACAUUGCGGAAGAAAUGGGGAUUUUCUGGUUACGUUAUCAGUGAUGAAGAAGCCGUUGAAAAUAUUGUACUAUUCCAUCACUAUGCCAACAACAGCAUGGAAGCCACGGUUGACGUCAUAACCGCUGGUCUUAACUUAGAGCUUACAACAAACAGGAAAGACCCAUAUUUCUUCACCAUAAUAAAAGCCGUUGAAACGGGAAGGUUAUCCGAGAAACUUGUACGUGAGCGGGUGAAACCUUUAUUCUACACACGCAUGCGCCUUGGAGAGUUUGAUCCGCCAGGGAUGAAUCCGUACCUACAGUAUAAUAUGUCACUUGUUCAGAGUGAAGCUCAUCGUCUUCUUGCCCUCAAAGCUGCCAUGCAAUCGUUUGUGCUGUUGAAGAAUGAAAACAAGUUGUUACCAAUCAGAAAGCACUUUAAUAAAAUGGCUGUAAUUGGACCCAUGGCUGACAAUCUUGAACAAUUAUAUGGAGAUUAUGCAGCUGACGUGGAUGCCAAAUAUUCUAAAACCCCACUUCAAGGUCUCAGUUAUAUGGCAGAUAAAGUCAACUAUGCUGCAGGAUGUUCUGAUAAUAGAUGUACUAAUUAUUCAGCUGAGAGUAUCAAAAAUGCCGUGCAAAACGUGCAGUUAGUGGUGAUAUGUGUCGGAACAGGUCAAGAACUGGAAGCUGAGGGUAACGACAGAAGGGACAUGAACCUUGCAGGCCAUCAAGCACAACUCAUUCAAGACGCCGUUAAUGCAGCCAAAGGAACCCCAGUUAUACUGCUCGUGUUUAGCGGAGGACCUGUAAACAUCAGCUUUGCUGAUAAAAAUCCGCGUAUUGAAGCCAUUCUACAGUGUUUCUUCCCUGCUCAGGCUACCGGAGAAGCACUUUUAUAUACCAUUGGCAUGGCAACAGUAGAUGCCAGUCCUGCAGGAAGACUGCCGUAUACCUGGUACGAUACUGCAGAUCAGGUUCCAUCAAUGACAGAUUACUCUAUGACAGGAAAGACAUACAGAUAUUUCAAAGGUUCACCUCUCUAUCCGUUUGGUUAUGGUCUUUCAUACACAACCUUUGAGUACUUUAAGCUUACUCUAACACCUACGAUAGCUGCUGGAGAUGACCAGUAUUUGUAUGGACAACUCAUAAACACGGGUCAAUUUGCAGCUUAUGAGGUUGUUCAAGUAUACAUGUCGUGGUUAACAACAAAUGAAACAAUGCCAAGCCUUCAGCUUGUAGGUUUCCAACAACUGUUUAUCGAAUCACAGGCAUCACAGGAAUUUCAGUUUGUUAUUUCUGCAGAACAAAUGGCUGUUUGGACAAACUCCGGCUUUACGGUGCAAGCAGGUAAAAUGAUAGUUUAUGUCGGUGGGCAGCAGCCUGGUCAGAAGAGAACUGUCGGCUCAAAUAUUUUACAACAGCAGUUUGAAAUAGUGGGACAGAAACAUUUAGGGAAACUUUGAUAAAAUGAUUACAGUGUUGCUGAUAAAAGUAGCUGCAUCGUGAUAUGAAUGUGUUAACAUUUUAUUCACAUUUUGUUACAUGCAGGAGUGCACAAUUUAUUCUGUCAGUAAUAAAGAAGAAAAGGAAAGAAUAAAAAACGUUAUGCACAUCUCUAGAUGGAUGAAUGGUCAAUGUGUUUUGACUGUUGAAUAGUUGCAAUAUAAUGUGUAUGUCUGUUUUGUACCGUUAACAUAUUUCUUCUAUAAAUGCAUGUGCAACUGAAAUAAAAUCAAGAUACGCAUGUAUCAUAUAAAUACAUAAUUCUUUGACAUUAUUGCCAACAUUAACAUUUAUUAUAAAUGACCUUAUUCCGCUUAAAUUCUGGCUUACAAGUUAUAGAGUAUUCUAAAUAAAAUGG